AAUAGUGAUUGGUUGACUGAAACUAUGCUUGAUGUUAUCAUUAAAAGAAGAAAGGAGAUUGAUAAUAUGCAAAGUGAUGAAAUGAUUGGUUCAAACUUGUUGGAUAUCUUAUUGACGUUACAUACUCCACGUGAUCCUAGCGGGUAUGAUGAAAGUGAACCUCCAUUAACUGACCAAGAAAUUUGUGCAAUCAUUACGGAAGUCAGUAUAGCAGGUAUAGAUACGACUGGAAAUACAUUCUGCUUCGCAGUCUGGCUAUUAGUUAAGCAUCCUAAAGUUAUUGCACGUUUUCGAGAAGAAAUCAGUGAAAUACUAGGUGAAGAUAUAUCACGACAAAUAACCUACGAAGAUUUAGAAAAAUUUACAUACCUUGACGCAAUUAUGAAAGAAUCCACACGAGUCAUAACACUUACACCAAUUUCACCACGUAAUUCAACACAAGAGAGUAUUAUUGGAGGAAAACAUUUGGAAGCUAAUACAAAGUUCUUGAUUCUUCAUGAAUUAAUUCAUAAAUCACCUGAAUUUUGGGAAAACCCUGAUGAUUUCAUUCCGGAAAGAUUUUUGAAAGAAACUAAUAAUGAAAUUGCUAAGAAUACCUUUAUUCCUUUCGGAGGUGGUACAAGAAUGUGCCCAGGAAGGUAUAUGGCCAUGGCAGAAUUGAAAACCUUGUUGAUUUUGUUAUUUAGAAAGUAUGAUGUCGAAUUGGUUGAUAAUGUAUCAAAAGAACCGAAAAUCCAAUUUACAUCUGUUUAUGAAUGCACUGAAAUGAAAGUUUUAGUACGUCCUAAAUAUUAACUUAUAAUUAUGUAUAGCA